AUGCAAGCGUUGGCGAGCAACCCCUUAUUGACCAAGGCGGUAACCGCCGCCAUUCUCGUCUCUUUGAACGAGCAAAUUGCCAGUUUGUUAGCAGGCGACCUCCAGACUAUGCGGGUGUGCUCGUUGAAGUUUUUGCACACCUUGACCGUGAAAGUGCCGCUCAUGGCACUCUACGGGUUUGCGAUCAGCGCCCCGAUCUCGCACUUCGGAUAUGACAUCUUGAACAAGAUAUUCCAGCCUCCGUUGAGCGGAAAAGCCAAAUUAUUGCAAAUUUUAACCUCGUUGGUUACCAUUACCCCGCUUUCCGGCGCGUGUUUUGUCGCCUACUUGGCCUUGCUCAACUUAAAGGCGCUGCCUACUGCAACUACUUGCGGCGCUAAGUUGCAAAACGCAGUAGAGGCAAUCAAGACGAACUGGAAGAACAACUUGUUGCCAGUUUUGAGAACAUCCUGGAUCGUCAGUCCGCUUGUCACCUUCCUCGCGCAAACUUACGUUCCUCCUCAGUUGUGGGUCAUUUUCUUCAACGUGAUCUACUUCUUUUUGGGUACCGGCCAGAACGCUUUGCUUGCGAAGCAGCAGAGCAAUACUCCCUGA